AUGAAGGCGGAGCACGGCGACGCGGCGACGGCGACGGCGGGCGGCGGCGGCGGCGGCGGCGACAAGAAGAAGAAGCGCGCGGCGUUCACGGCAGAGGCGGCGUCGUUGGGGUACGAGACGGGGACGAUCAAGAACAGCGCGUUCGUGCUUCUCGCGGAGAGCGGCGCGACGGGGAUGACGGUCGCGGCGAUCGUUGAGGCGGCGACGAAGCAAGGGCUGUACAGCUGGGGCACGUGCAAGACCCCGAACAACAGCGUGACGGCGGCGUUAUCGCAAGACACGACGUUCGUGCGCAUCGCACCCAGCACGUACGCGCUGCGAAGCACCCUCAAGGGCGGCCACGGCCCCGUGCCGCAGGCGCGCGUGUCGAGCGGCAGCAUCAAUUCCGGCGCCGCCGCGGGCGCCGGUCGGUCGAACAGCGGCAGCGGCUUCUCCCACGGCGCCGUCGCCGGCGGCCAGAGCAAGCUCGGGCAGAACGCGUCCUCGAAGAGCCGGAAGGGGGAAAAGCAGCGGGAACAACGCGCGGCGGCGGCGGCGGCGGCGGCGGAGCAGAUGAGCCUCGAGCAGAGGCGCGCGCGAGCGACGGCGGCGCGAGAACUCUCCGUCGUUCGCGAGGGGGGGGCGUCGAUGUCCGAGUACGACGACGACGACGGCGGAUUCCCGCCGCGCCACCGCCACCGCCAAAACGACGACCCGAACGGCUGGUCCGACGCGCAUGGUUACGUCGCGGGGGGCGGCUACAACGGCCAGUCGCAUCAUCAUCAUCAUCAUCAUCACCAUGCGAUGGGGCAUUACCACCACAUGGCGCCUCAUUCGUACGUGCCGCCGGUGGGCGCGUACGCCGCCGAGCUCGGGAACGUCUCGAAGCUGUCUUCCACGCUCGCGAUGGAGAGCUACAAGCGAAGGAUGGACGUCGUCGGCGGUAACGGCGGGGGGGAGUACGACGGCGGCGCGACGCUGUACCAGUUUACGAGCACGCGGCCGGAGAGCGACAUCACCGAGACGCAGGCGGGGAGCUGCCUGGCGUGGUUUCCCACGGCGAACCCGCCGGCGCCGCCGGCGGAUCGUCCGUCCCCGAUGAAGGAGCCCACGGAGGCGCUCAUUCGCGCGUCGUCGUGGAAGGACGAGGCCAAGUCGCAGACGUCGAUCGCCUCGCCGUCGCCGACGACGCCGACGAAGAGUCUGUCUUCUUCGGGGAGACUCGGGAGCGGGCACCUCCCGAAGUGGGUGCUGGAGAGCUACAUCAACGGGACGCAGAGCGUGUCGCCGUCCAUCGCGGCGGCGUGA